GACGAUGAUGAUGACGACGAUGAUGAGGACACCCCAAAGAAGAAAACAAAGAAAAAGACAACAAAGGACAGCUCUCAAUCUGCAAGUUCUGCCAAAGACAAGACAUCCAAAUCUAAAGAAGACAAAAAUUCUGAUGGAAAAGAAAAAAAGUCCAAGUCAAAGGAGAAGGAGAAGAAAAAGGAGCCAGCUUCAAUGUUCCAGAUAAAUGGAGAAAAAGACUCAAAAAGCAAGAAGAAAGCUGCCAAAUCAGAGAGUGACGAAAGUGAAGAAGAGACAAAGUCGACCAAAUCGAAGAAGAAAUCCACCGCUGGCUCUGCGUCCAUGUUCCAAGCAUCAGGAGACAAGGACAAAGACAAGAAGACAAAGAAGAAAGGAAAGGCAGAAGAGAGUGACAAUUCUGACUCUGAAAAAGAAGAAAAGUCAAAGAAGAAAAAGGGCAAAGGGAAGAAGAAAAAGGAGAGAUCUCCAUCACCUGAGAUUGAGUUCGACAACUUGGAGAAGUUUGUGAUGCAGCCGGCCACGCAGGGAGUGACCAUCAAAUGCAGAGUGACUCGGGACCAGAGAGGGAUGGAUAAGAGCCUCUACCCUCUGUAUUACCUUCAUCUAGACAAUGAAAAAAAGACAUUCCUGUUGGCUGGGAGGAAAAGAAAGAAAAGCACAACUUCAAAUUACCUCAUCUCAAUUGAUGCCACAGAUUUAUCAAGAGGUGGAGAGAAUUUUGUUGGAAAGCUGAGGUCAAAUUUAAUGGGGACUAAGUUCACCGUAUUUGACAAUGCUCUGAAUCCAGAAAGAGCUCUUCCAGACAUGUCAAAUGCACGGCAGGAGUUAGCAGGCAUCAUCUAUGAAACAAAUGUCUUAGGAAUGAAAGGGCCCAGAAGGAUGACAGUCAUCAUUCCAGGGAUGAACAAGGACAACGAGCGACUACCACUCCGACCAAGAAAUGAAUGUGACGGCUUGUUGAUAAGACACCAGAAUAGAAGGAUGGAAAAUCUGAUCGAGCUUCACAACAAGACGCCAGUGUGGAACGAAGAAACAGCGUCUCAUGUGCUCAACUUCAACGGCAGGGUCACCCAGGCCUCCAUCAAGAACUUCCAGAUAGUCCAUAACAAAGACUUGGACUACAUUGUGAUGCAGUUUGGACGGAUAGCGGAUGACAUUUUCACACUGGACUUCAACUACCCCCUGUGUGCCGUGCAGGCCUUUGCCAUCGCGCUCUCCAGCUUCGACGGCAAAAUUGCCUGUGAAUAACAGACAGAUGCCCCGGGUAGCCUACGUACGCUGAGAUCAGUAUGGAACACGCCCACGCUAACAUCAGACCAACCCAUGUCUUUGGACUUGCCUUCAACACUUCCUGCAAUAGGCGCCAAUAACGAAUGUUGAAUCCCUGAACGUGGCAAUGCCUGCUGCUGCGCUGUCGCCUUCAUGGGCGUGUGAUUCCCCACAGGAGGAAGAAGCAAAACUAGUCUCGUAUUGUCGUCUGAUCAUGCAAGGGGAUGGCACUCGAAAGUCCUGAUUUCUGUCUUGGUAAUUCAUUGGAAACAUCUGGAUUUCUGUGAAUUAAACAAAGACUGACACCGCUUCAAAGAACCCCAGUGACCGGAGGGUUAUGACUUUUUUUUGAGGGGAUGAUGGUACACCUCGAUGAUGAAGGUGUUUAAAGAUCACUAACAUCAUUGAAAGAUGUUAAACUGUGUCAUGUUUUGGCUUUAUUGUGCAGUAUUGUAUUGUAUUGUAUUGUAUUGCUGUAUUAGUCAUGAUGAGAAUAUCUAGUUUCUUUAAGGCAAAAAUCCAAUUUUAAUUCAAAGAGUUACACUUUGUGAGAUAUCAACUAUCUGCUCAAGUGACACUUGUGUAUCUAUCAGGUUACACUGAUAGCAUUAAAAGAAUAAAAUCACUUUUAUUUGAAUCCUAUUAAAUGUCAUAACAGCGGUCUUACACAACAGACUGUCCAUAUUUUAGUGACUUCGAAACAUCGAUUCCAGGUGUCAGGUACUACGUAGAAGUGUCGCACUUUGGAAUAGGAGUGUAUGUAGUUCUUGCCAUUUAGUGUUAACGUACCAUGUUUUGACAAAAUAUUCAACCAAAUGUAGUUCACCACUCUGGAGGUUUCUCUGUCCAUUUCUGAUGAUUUGGUCUGAUUUGAGCUAACUUAGGUUUUUAUAUUUAUGU